UACACGAACUUCGAAAAGUGCUCCUGGAAGUGGUGCUAGAGACAGUCGAGGACAGAGUUGCGCCUCUGCCUGUACGCCAGUCGGCCAUCGCCUUAUACAACCAGAUUCUAGCAUUCAGAGAACACGAAUGUGUCGUUUUCCUUGGAAACAGUUUCUGGAGUUGGUCAAGAACGACGACCGGUCGAUGAGUGGAGACUUCGAGAAAGAGCUAUGGCAUCUCGAAGCCAUUGGUGUAGUACGUGACUGCAGAGUGCCGUGCGUGACCUUUCCAAAAGCCGACCCCGAGGGCAAGAAGACGCUGUCUGUUCCCGGCGAUGACAGUAACCGCUACAUCUGCAUCCAUCCCGCUGUCCUCGCCAGCGCUAUCUGCCUUUGUCUCUUAGACGACGACAAAAAGUCAUUCAGGUUCGAAGCAGCUCGGUUCUGGCCACGUGAUUCGGGGUUCAAGCACCCGGAACCUCAGAUGCUGAGCCGCGUGAUCGAGUGCAUACCACAGCAAGGCCUGCUGCGAGAAUGUCUACUACCCCUCUUCUGGAAGGAGUACUCGCUGCAGGAGGAGCAGGUGGUGGCCAUGCUGCAGGUGAUGCUGAGCCUGGGACUGCUGGUGCCUCACGGCGAUCAGAAGAAGCUGUGCGAGGGCCUGGCCAUGCCCGCCUUCCCCAAACUCUCCGUGCAGCGCUGCUACGCCCUGACCUUGCUGAACCUGCUGCCGGACAAUAAGCCUCAACUGAACUGGACAGCCAAGCCCUUUGCAGGGGACAUGCAGGUGACGUGGCGACUGACGCUGUCCAGUCCCGUCCACCACGGACUGCUGCAGCGACUGCUGGCGACGGUGUUGUUCGCAGGUCGCGCUGACUGCAACUACCACUACGUGUGGAGAACGGGAGUUCUGCUCAGAAUAGGGGAGGCAACCGUGUGCGCGGAGCAGCUCGAGGAGAGCCAUCUGGAACUUUCGUGUCGUGUGAACGAGGCUGACGUGGGGCGCGAGAAGGAGGCUGUCUGUGUGCUGUGGGUCACCCUGGCCCCCUUCCUGACACACGUCCACACCUUCCUGAGUGACUGGCCUGGAGUCACGUACAGGGAGUCGCUUGUGGCGCUGGGCCAGCAGUUCUACCACGACAGCAGCGUGGAGCGGGAGCCCGAGGUCGGGGUGGAGCACGUGUUGACCCUGUGGCAGCGCCAGUUGCCUUUGAUCUUUACUGAUGGCGGCACAGAGAGACAGCUGGACGUGGCCUUGCUUCUUCCGUUCAAACCCGUUUCCAUGGUGACAAGUGUGCAGGCGUGGCUGACUCUGGUGAUAGGGCAGACUGAGCGAGUUCUCAAGGAAGCUGCGGUGAACUUCCAUGCGGGUAGCAAGGAGAGUUCCAGCACCUCGCCUCUAUUGCUGACCACCCUCGUCCCUAAAAAGGGUCCUGCUUCAAGGGGCGCCACCAAGUAUCAGAAGAAGAAAAAGAGUAUGGAAGUCAAAUGGCUUCUAGAAGAAAGCAAAGCGGUCACAAACUCGACAAAUAGUACGGCGAACGGGGGUUACCUCACGCCAGGCUCUACUACUACUACCACCACCAGCACCAUCUCAUUCACAUCUCCACGAAAGGACAACUUAAAGGCCACCAGCAACGGACAACGACCCAACCGCGUGCUCAGCGACGAAGAAGAGGUUGCUGAGACGAUGCGGUUGGCCUCUUCUUUCGUCGCUGCCAUCCUCGCCUCAGCGCUUGCCGACUACGUCUCCAUGGAGGUCGGCAACGACAAGCUGGGAUCCAGCCUCCUGUCGGCUGCCCAGGCUUCUGCAGCUCGAGCCACAGCGGAUGCUGCACAGGCGGCGCAGACGGGCAACAUCGAGGGCGCUGCUCUGGCCGUCAUUGAAGCGGUCAAGGCCGUGCAGGUCAGCGCGACUGGGAAGUCAGAGGUCAAGGUGGAUGCUAGUCCUAUGCAGAGCAGACUGUGUGUCAUUUUGUGAUGCGUACAGAGCCAUCCAGACCCACUGACACUUUUUGCAGCCUAUGUGAUGUGAUGUGCAUGUGUAUACCAAACUUCCACACCACAACAUGCAUGGGGUUUUCAUUGGUUACAGAAUUGAGACUUAAAUUCAUUGAUACCCAAUAUUGGACCAUCACUGAAAGUGAAAACUGGCCUAAGAUUGAAGCUCCAAGCUCAAGGCAUUGACCAGCAGAACUUCCUGUUUCUGUGGCUUUUUGUGUUACUUGAAGAAGCUAGCUUUAGUCACUGACUUUGCAUAGGAAUGCUUUUACUCUGCUUUCCACAGCAGCCAUUGUGAUUUUUUUUCUGGUUUGGGACAUCCAACCUGCUGAUCUAGGUUACUUACAUCACAAAGUAACUGUUGCAGCCUUUAUUCCUGCUCAGUUAACUUUAUAAAAAUAUUUUCUAUCUACUCGAUCUGGUAACUAUUAUUAUAAAACUUCCACUUAGUUCAAAAGACAUGUCAGCCUUUGGAAACCUAGAAACACCACAUCCAAGAACAGACCAAAGUGUUUGAGGCUGAAGGGUACAAUGAUGCUGCUAUUGAGGACGACGAUAGUGAUUAUGAUGGUGUAGUCAGAGACCUACAUUCCCUGUGAUAAUUAAAGUGUCUCUCAGUCAUUGUCUCAGUCAUGGACGGCAAGCCCUUGUUGAAUGGCCUACUCAUUUCCGUUUCUGAUUUCAAGUGGCAGAUCUCCUUAACGACGUUCAAACUU